GUGAUUAUGUAAUAUGUAAGAAAAACGAUGAAAAUCUCUGUUUUGGGUGCUACUGGCCCGUCAGGGUUACAGACAGUGUUAGAAGCCCUGGAGAGAGGGUACAGUGUCGUGGCCCUGGUGAGAAACCCGGAUAAACUGACCAUCAAGGACGAUAAACUACAGGUAUGUAAAGUAGACAUCUUUAAGGAGGAUGAAUUGGUUCCACAUUUUGGAGGAUGUGACGCUGUUGUAUCGUGUUUAGGGGAGGGGGGUGGUGGGGGAUCUUUGUUCGGGAGGAACAAAUGUACCCUGUACACGGACUCCAUCAGGAGUAUAGUGGGAGCAAUGAGGAAAUCGGGAGUGAAGCGUCUAAUAGCCAUGUCAUCCUGGGGUAGUGCAGUUACAGAGGGCGAACCUUUUCUUAUGAAAUGGGUUCUACGGCGGCUGUUAAUCGGAGAAAUACUGGAAAAUAUUGGAGAAAUGGAGGACUAUUUAAAUCAGGAGUGUCAAGAUAUAAACUUCACUACCGUCCGACUGCCAUGGCUUUCUAACGGACCUAGUACAGAGAAACCAAUUCAAGCAGAAAACGGCCGUCAAUAUCUGGAGAACAGUGAAACACAGAUCUCCCGACGAGAUGUGGCCAAAUAUCUACUGGAUAUUAUCAACGACUCCUCAGUGUAUAAAGCUUGUGUCGCUAUUGGUUAUGACAAGAAAAAGUGACCAGAGUUAUUUGUACCCAGAGUUUCGAGUAGUGCCAAGAAUAUUUUUAAUAUGGAUUUGAAUUUUGUUGAUUGUGCCUUAUCGCAUUUUCCUGCAAAAUUACUUGUAUAAUAUUGGUACAAUUUUCUUUGAAUUUUGACAUAUAUAAAAUAUGAGUUGAUU